UGGAACCGUACAGGCUGCUGGUGGAGUCUAGAGUGAGUGAGGGGCUGAACUGAACUGUGACGAGGUCAGACUGGUCUUUUGUUUACAGUCAGUCAGGGGAGAGGAGUGAGACAGAAGAGAGAGCGUGCACGUACAGCAGGAGAGAGAGAGCAGGGAGGUAGAGAUGUCAGAGGAUGUGGUUUUCCUGAGCUUGCAGAACAUCAUAGAGGCAUACUUUGAGCAUGACUUAAACAAGAGGAGGCAAAGUGUAUCCGCUGUUCGCUUAGCUUCUGUCACAGCUCCACCGGUGCCGUUCGCGAGAGGAGACAGGCUAGUCGGUUUAGGGGUUUGAAACUCACAAGCUCAGGGCUGUGUUUUUCUUUUCUUUUUCAUUUGAACUGAAAAGCUUGCAUUCUGUUUUGGAUUUGCUUGACAUCAGGAAGAGACUGCAAAGGAUUUUAUCAGAGACUCAAGCAGAGAAUUGUCUCUCACUGACAUGAGUCCAUCUGCAACUAGAGCUUGCACAGCCAUCCACACCUGAUCACACAGUAUACCUCCAGGAUCUGGUCCCCAACUGCUUCUGUACAGGUAGUGAAGACAGCAGUGAGAUGGGCUGUGGACUGCCCAAGUUGAAGCGUUCUGAGGACAAUAGUCCCGGGAAGAUCUACUCCACCCUCAAGCGGCCUCAAGUGGAGACCAAAGUGGGCGUGUCUUACACCUACCGCUUUCUUGACUUUAUUCUUGGAAAAGAAGGGGCAUCUGGAGUCUGUCUCUCCUCUCUGAGGGAGUUACCUGUUCAGCUUCAGGACUUCUACCAGCAGGGCUUCGUUCUGGCCGCUGUGCACCCCUUCAUCCACCCAUGUGGCUCAGAGCCUGCCAGCAUCCAGCAUCAGCUUUACCGGGCAGUGCUGAUUCGCCACUCAGACACUUCAGAGAAAACACAAUCAAACGGUGAGCCCAGCCAUCUAGAAGUAGACCUGUGUCUGUCAGCAGACCAGUCACCCAAUACAGGUGUCAUACAGGGCUACGUGAAAAAGAUCCAGGAUGCAGCAGAGCAAGGGCUCGUGUUUGUGGGUUUCGCCCAAGAGCCUGGUGCUGUUUUGACCCCAGGACAGGCUGGCCCGGAGGAAAUGUCCAUGUCCCUCCACUCAAGCCCGAGCUCUCUCCCAGGUACAGACACUGAUCUAAACCAGAGCCCCACAUCCCCAGGGGGGCUGGAGCUCCAUGACUGUGAGGAGGAGACUGGAACAGAGGACAGUCCGUCAGCCUGUGAGGGAGAAGAGGCACAUUUAGGAGAAGCAGAGAGUCACACUGUGAAUCCUGGGAGCCCCAAUGGGACAGGUGCAGAGGACAGUCAAGAUGGAGAGUCUUGUCUUUCUGACCCCUCUUCAUCAGUGGACCAGCCAGGCCAACGCCCAACGGCGAUGGAGAACGACAGCCCGACGCAUAACAACAAUAAAACAAAGAACCCAGAGGAGAAAGACACACACACCAGUCUGUACUCCUCCAUGAAAGGGACGGAGGUCUUUGCCUUGUUUAACCACCCCGGGGGGCAUCAGGGGCUGCUGAAGUACUACACCAUUAAGGUCCCCUUGCGGGUGCAGCUCCAGGAUGAGGGGGUUAGCGGUGUGGAGGCUAACUGGCUGGAUCACAUGACGCAGCACUUCAACAGUGGCGCCUCGCUGGUCGAUGGGUAUUUCCAUCUGGGGAGUGAAAACGAUUUGUCGGCCAAAUCGGUGGAGAGCGUGUUUGUCUUCCAGGAGGCACUGGAGGGUGACACGUCCUACGAUGCCAUCGUUGUGGAGCAGUGGACCAUUUUUCAUGGUAUGGAGGUAAAGACAGACUACGUCCCACUGCUCCAAUCUCUGGCUAUGUAUGGAUGGAAAUUAACCUGUGUCCUAUCUACACCCAUUCUCAAGACCAACAGUGAUGGAAGUCUGGCCACCAAGCAGAUCGUUUUCCUCCAGAGACCCACCCUGCCUCGCAAAAAGAGGGAUUCCAAGAAACUGGGCUUCAAAGCACGGAGCAAGUCAAAUAAGAACUCUGUGAAAGAUGCUCCAAAGUACAAGAAGAAGAAAAAUGGUCCCUCUGUGCCCGAGAAAGAGACAGAGGAACAGAAGAUAUGUGAGGAUGAGGAGAGGAUGUGCAAAGAAGAAAGUGAGAAUGUGGUGAAGAAGAACAAUGAAAACAAGGAGAACGAGAGACAAAGCACAGUCACAAUGAGCAAUGGAGAAAAAGAGGCAGGAUUGGAGGCAGAGCCUCAGGACAGAGAGGCGGGGAGAGGGCUGAAAGAGGCAGAUAUUGCAGAGGGGAACAAGGGCAGGGCCCUGGCUGUAGAGGAGGGAGAGGGCACAGUUGAAGCAAAUACUGUUGAGGGAAGAGAGGGUGAGGUAGAAGUUAAGACUGAGAAGGAAGUUGCCCUGGAAACAAAGAGCCAGGAGGGGCAGAGCAGAGGUUCUGAUGGACAGGGUAGAGGAGCAACAGAACAGGAUGGGGGAGGAGCAGGAGAUGAACAGGAAAUAGCAGCCAGUGGACAAAUUGAGCUUAGAGUAGACUGUGAGGGCGCUGUGACAGAACUUACUACAGAGGCCAUAAGUUCCAACUGCCAUCUAGAAUUUAGCAGCACUAUUGACCCUUCCCCCUGCAAUGACUGA